AUGGCUGACAGCGACAGCGGUGGCAGUGGUGGUGACGGCCACACAACCAUGGGUACGAGAGGCAUGAUGGGGAUGGAGGUCGAGGCAGGCGCGGAGGAGGAAGGUGCGGAGACAGCAGAGCGUGUGGAUACAUCGAGGCUUUGGCAGUCCUCCAAAUACAUGAGCUCCCAAGAUGAAGAAGAGGACGGGCUGAGCGGCGAGACAGACGGCAACGCGCUGCUGUGGCGAAAGCGCCAAAAGAAAAAGCUGAAGGAGAUGCAACGCCGGCAGGAGGAGCAAGAAGCGCUGAAGAUGCAGGAGAUGUACGCGUCGGACAAGAACACCCGCAAUGGCGGUGACGAUGGCGCCGAUCGUGCGGAAGACGAUGCCAGUAGCCAGGACGAUGAUCACGACGGAGUCGAUGUAUCUAGCAGCCAGAGCUCGCGCAAGUCGAAGAAGAAGAAGAGCAAGAAGAGCAGGCGAAAGCGCAAACACCGGAAGAAGCGGAAGAAGAAGAGGACAACCCAAUCCGAGGACGAAGAUGGGGAUGAGGAGCACACAGCGCAUCAGCGAGCGGUGCACGGCAUUGCGCAUAUCCAAACCAAGGAGGCCGGUGACAGCACGGAUCACGAUGACAGCAUGAUGGUGAACACGCUGGCGAAAAUGACACCCCUUCGCAGGGAGGCUGCCAGCCCUGUCACCACCACAACAGACACGACAACAACAACAACGACAACAACGACGACCUCCGCAACCACGAGCGGCAGCAACAGCAACCGGUCUAGCAGCCCCGUAUCAUUGGAGCACGAGCACACGGGCCGUGAUGGCGCCGAAGGUGAUGGCGAUGGUGAUGGUAGUGGCAGUGGCGGUGCGCAUGCUGGUGAUGAUGGUGAUCAUGAUCAUGAUCAUGAUGCUGGUGAUGAUCAUGAUGAUGCCGGUGGUGGCGAUGAUGAUGUUCCGUCCAUGAGUGAUAGCGAUAGCGACUUCACCCCAGCGAAACACACGCGCAGAACCGCGACAAAGAGGACGACAGCACGACAGCGACAACGCGGCAAACAGCAGCAGCAGCAGCAGCGGCGGAGUAAAAGAACAACAGCAGCAGCGACAGGCACCAGGCGCACCACACGCAGUCGCCGGACCACCAGCCAGGAUGAUGUUGAUGAUCAUGAUGGUGGUGGCAACGAGGGUGGUGAUGGUGUGACAUCCCACGACAGCAGUGACCGGGACGAGCCAGCGACCAAACGCCCGCGACGGGGACGUUCGUCAUCUCGCCGCCAGCAGCAGCGUGGCGACAAUGGCAGCGAUGAUGGUGAUGAUGAUGACGGCGAUGAUGAGCAAGACGAACGGGACGGUGACGCCACAAAUGGCAGCGAUGAUGAAGAGAACUCGUCACCAAAAGGAACAGCCAUCAUCGACACGGACGACUCUGGGACGGGCCGUCGGCGCUCGCUGCGAGUGCUGAAGAAACAGCAGAAACAGGACAUGGACAACGACGACGAUGAUGAUGAUGAUGAUGAUGAUGAUGAUGAUGAUGAUGAUGAUGAUGAUGAUGAUGAUGAUGAUGAUGAUGAUGAUGAUGAUGAUGAUGAUGAUGAUGACGACGAAGAGGAAGAAGAGGAGGAGGAUGGUAGUGGCCCUGGUUCACAGGACACGACCAGCGAUGACGAUGACAAUGGCAGUUCGAGUGGGAAUGAGAGCGAGGAGAGUGUGUACAUGUUGCCGCCACGACGGCCUGGUUUGCGCCCGCGCCGCGUGACAAAGGAGCAAUACUACCGCAUCAUGGAACGCGACGGCGUCUCCGUGAAUGACCACGAUGAUGAUGAUGACGAUGAUGAUGAUGGUGACACGCCACGCCGCCGCACGUCGCGUCGCCUGGCGGAGGUGCGAAAACGCGAGCAGCAGCAGCAGAAGCAGCGGCAACAGCUGCAGGAGAUGCAGCGAGAACAGGAGAGACGCGAGCGGCAACGGGCACGGCGUGAUGGUGCUGGUGGCAGGCGGACCAGUGGCCGACGUGGUGGUGCUGGUGGCGGUGGUAGGUCUGGCCGCAGCAGGGGUCCGCUGUCGACGACGGAGGAAGAGUGGUCGUCCGAUGAGGCGUUCUUCCAGGAGCGGAAGGAGCGCUCGUUGCAUCGCGCAAGGGACGAACUCCGCCCCCUCAACUUCAACGCUCGCACAGACGCAGAGCGGGCGCAUCAAGACCGAGCGCGCGCUGUUGGCACAUCUGGCACCGACAUUGAUCCAAUGACCAUCGACACUGCGGUGUCAUUCCGGGACAUUGGCGGGCUGGAUCACCACGUGCGGUCGCUGAAGGAAAUGAUUGUGUUUCCGCUCCUCUACCCAGAGAUCUUCAGCAAAUUCAAGCUGGACCCACCGCGCGGAGUGUUGUUCCACGGCCCGCCAGGCACGGGCAAGACCCUCGUGGCGCGAGCACUGGCGAACGAGUGCUCAAAGGCAGGCAAACACGUCAGCUUCUUCAUGCGAAAGGGCGCAGACUGCCUCAGCAAGUGGGUUGGCGAGUCUGAACGCAUGCUGCGGCUGCUCUUCAACCAAGCCUACCUCAUGCGUCCCUCCAUCAUCUUCUUUGACGAGAUUGACGGGCUGGCACCGAAGCGAACGGGACGUCUCGACCACCACUACGGAUCAAUUGUCUCGACGCUGCUCGCGCUCAUGGACGGACUGGACAAGCGAAGCGAUGUCGUUGUCAUUGGCGCAACCAACCGCCUUGACAGCCUGGAUCCCGCCCUCCGCCGCCCCGGGCGCUUUGACCGCGAAUUCUUCUUCCCGCUCCCAUCGCAUGACGCAAGAACAUCCAUCCUCAAGGUCCACACCAAGGCGUGGCGGCCGCGCCUGUCUGAGCGGUUUCUGUCUGAGGUCGCUGAGCAGUGUGUCGGGUACUGCGGUGCUGAUAUGCGAGCGCUGUGCACGGAGACCGCGCUUCUCGCCCUCCGCCGCACAUACCCGCAGAUCUAUGAUUCCGAGAGCAAGCUUGCCAUUGACGCGCGUGCUGUCAACGUGACGGCACAGGACUUUGCAGACGCAAUGGCAAAGAUUGCACCGCGCAAACACGGACCAGCGCGCAAAUUACCACCGCACCUCGCGCCGCUGCUGCACACCACAAUCACCGCCGCAACAGCUGCCAUCAGCGCAAUCGUGCCACGCAUGUUCACGACAAGGCGAAGCGUGCAAAUGCGUGAGGACGACCACACCGUCAUGCCCAUUGCCUCCAUCAACAUCUUCGCUGGCGCCACAGCCCACCGACAACAACAGCAACAACAACAACAAGGUGGUGGUGGUCGCUCGAGCUUCUUUGCGACACACAUGGCCAUGCCGUUUGUGCAGCCUGCCCCAUGCAAGCCAAGACUACUGCUGCGUGGUGAAACACCAGGAUCUUGUGUCACGAGCAUCGUUGCGCCCGCGGUCCUGUACAUCAUGGACAAGUACCCGGUCUUCACCCUCGACCUCGCCACCGUGAUGGCGGCGGCUGCAGCAGCAACGCCAGAGGAAACAGUCGUGCAGGUGCUGACGGAUGCGCAACGCCGUGCCCCGUCCAUCCUGUACCUCCCGCGCCUCGACGAGCUGGCUGCCCACCUCACACCCAUGAUGGUCGCAGCGGUCGUCCACGCCCUCGAGUCGCGGCUGACGGCCGUCCAGCGCCGUCGCAUUGCAGCGAGCAAACAGCAACUGGCGCCCGCAGCAGCACUCCCCUUUCACAGGCUCACCCCGGCAGAGAAGGCCAAGCUGAAACGUGUGGAGGACGCGAAACUGCGGCAAUUGCGCAUGUACAUGAGAAAUGUCCUCAACAACAUCAUGACGGAGCGGAAGUACAAGCCUUUCUUGAACGAUGGUACGAACAGAUGA